AUGAAGCAUUUCGGACUAUGCACGAUUCUCUCGUUGCUUGAUUUUGCAGCGCUCGGAAGAUGUCAAGGACGGGUUCCGUUCGUCGCGCCUGCACUGAUACUUCCUACUAAUUGGACCUACAUUGGUUGUUACAGCGAUUCUGCCUAUGCGAGGACAUUGCCAGGCGCAUCUUUUGCGUCGAACGCCAUGUCGGGUGAAUAUUGUAUCAACCAUUGCUCCUCCCGAGGAUACCCAUACGCAGGCACCGAAUAUAGUCGAGAAUGCUUCUGCGGGCUGGGGCUAGGAUCCGCCAAGUUCUCUCCUGAUGAAUGCAUCAUGCCAUGUACUGGAAAUGCGGUCCAGUCCUGUGGAGGACCCAACAGGCUGUCUAUUUACGCCAACUAUAAUCAGCCUGCCCCUUCGACGAACCCUGGCCUCAAUGGAUUCACUUAUCAGGGAUGUUUCACCGACAACGUGUAUAACCGCACGCUAUCUCGUCUUUCAUAUGUCCAAGGGGGCAGUGCUUCGAUGACCGUUGCAAAGUGCAUAGCCUCGUGCUUCGAUAGCUCUUUCACAUAUGCUGGCCUCGAGUUCUCUGGUGAAUGCUGGUGCGGGACCGAGAUAUCGACUGGAUCUGUCAUGAUUCCCGGAAUUCCGCUGGCUACUGGAUGUAACUCAAUAUGUCAAGGCAACAUUUCAGAGUAUUGUGGCGGACCGAACAGACUGGACAUAUACAGCUUC